AUGAAUAUUAAAAUAGUAUAUAACACCAAAACCCACAAAAUCUCAACAACACAUAAAACCCUAGAGACUAUCAAAAACGCAAUCCAAAACCUCUACCCGAAACAUCUAGAGAAAGGAUUCGACCUCUAUGUCACAUUGCAUCCCUAAAUGGAGCCCUUCAAAAUUUAGGACCAAGAAGCCUUGCUUAGAAUCCAAUAAAUCUACACCCAGAUGAAUUGGACUUCCAUUAAAUUUCUAGUUAAGGAUUCCACCAAUCCUAAUCUAACCAAUGACGACCUUUCCUUACUCAAUCAGAGUGUAAUCACUCAAUCCAAUGUCCAACUAUCUACAGUCAUGAAUUUCCUUCAAGAAUCCAAACAACAAAACCAAGAACAAUUCACAGAUUAGAAAUAGUAAAUUGUAAUUGAGGAAAAUAAGCCUGAAACUAAUUUAGCCUAAGAAAUUAUCAAACAAAUUGAAAAGUAGGAGUUUUUGGGAUUCGAUUAUCACUCUGAGGAGUUUAAAUAAUUUAUCAUUUAACGAAUCGAUAAUAGAUUGAAAUAUCAUGGAAUAUUAUAACCUAAGAAUUCAUAGGCUUAAUAAUACCCACAGUAUAAAAUGGAAUUAAAGCAACAAGACUUUAUCAUAACCAAAAAAGCAAAUGAAAAAUUUGAAUGGAAUUUUGAAGUUUUCAAUACAGGUAACUAAGUUUGGAGAAGAAAUCAAGUAGCAUUUGUGGGUCUUAAUGGACUUUUUAAAAACGUUAAAAUCCAAUUAACAAAUGAUGUCUAUCCAGGAUAAACAGCUAAAUUCUCACUUCUUUAUUAGAUGCCAAAAAAAGAAGUUUAGAAUUUAAAACACGAAUUUUAAUUGACUUAUUAAGAUGAGUAGAAUUAAACCAAAUUCUUUGGCAAAAAAAUAUCAUUAGUAAUCACAGUGAAAAAGGAUUUGUAAUAAAUUAAGGAUGAGAAAAUCUUGUAAUUGAUGGAAAGUGUACAAAUAUCAUUCGAAUAAGCAACGGAAUUUUUAGAAAUGUAUGGAAGUGAGGAUAACAUCAAUGACAUUGUUUUCGCUUAUUUAGGACAACCUAAAUGA